AUGACGACCAACGUGACCACAAUUAAACUCGAAGAUGGACAAGAGUCUGUUACAGAAAUACAGACUUACUUGGAGACUUUUAAUAAAGAAAUAGAAGGUGGACAAGGAGAACAGUUACAACAUGUUCAACUUCAACAAGUUGAAGGAUUAUCCGCAGGCGAUGACGGUGGUACUUAUUUUGUUGACCAAACUGGGCAAUAUUACUACCAGGCCAGUAGUGAUGAAACGCCCGUAAUGACGCAGGUUCAAAUUCAAGAAGUCGAAGAAAUAGACCAGAAUGAUGCUGAAGGACAAGAGGAACAAUAUCACGAAGUUGAAGAAUUGGAGAGUCUUGAAACUGAGGAUAAUGAUGGUCAAGUUAAUAACGGGGAUGAGAACGUCGUCUUGAAUUCAAAUGAUGCAUAUCAAACGGUUACUAUAGUACCCUCGGACACUAAUCCGGGUGAAGUUAGUUAUGUGUUGAUUGUUCAACAACCGGAGAAUGAAGAAAAAGAACGUGGAGAGGGAGCUGAAGGUGAAGAAGGAGAGCAAGAUCUCAGGGUAUUUGACUUUGAGGAUAACGAUGAUAAUGACGGCGGUACUGAGUACGAGGCUGACGAUGAUAAAACUAAAAUAAUGAAGUAUUUGCCGAAGAAAUCUCAAACUGUAACGCAGGCUCAUAUGUGUAACUACUGUAAUUACACGAGUCCAAAGCGUUAUUUACUAUCGAGGCAUAUGAAGUCACACUCAGAAGAACGUCCUCAUAAGUGUAGUGUUUGUGAGAGGGGAUUCAAGACACUUGCGUCAUUACAGAAUCACGUCAAUACACACACUGGUACUAAACCACAUCAUUGUAAAUUUUGCGAGAGUGCAUUUACAACGUCAGGUGAGCUGGUGAGGCACGUACGAUAUCGCCAUACCCACGAGAAACCACAUAAAUGUCACGAGUGUGAUUACGCAUCUGUUGAAUUGUCGAAAUUGAAGCGGCACAUCAGGUGUCAUACCGGCGAGCGUCCCUAUCAGUGUCCACACUGUACAUACGCAAGUCCCGAUACAUUCAAACUUAAACGUCAUUUACGUAUACACACUGGCGAAAAGCCUUACGAAUGUGAUAUAUGUCAAGCACGAUUUACUCAAUCGAACAGCUUAAAAGCUCACAAACUUGUUCAUAAUGUUGGAGAUAAACCAGUUUUUCAAUGUGAAUUGUGUCCAACGACAUGUGGCCGUAAAACAGAUCUACGAAUUCACGUGCAAAAGCUCCACACAUCAGAUAAGCCGCUUAAAUGUAAAAGAUGUGGAAAAACAUUCCCAGACAGAUAUAGUUAUAAACUUCACAGCAAGACACAUGAAGGUGAAAAAUGUUACAAAUGUGAUCUUUGUCCGUAUGCGUCUAUUUCAGCUCGUCAUCUGGAGAGCCAUAUGUUGAUCCACACCGAUCAAAAACCGUAUCGAUGUGAUCACUGCUUUCAAUCGUUCAGACAGAAGCAAUUAUUGAAAAGGCACUGCAAUCUCUAUCAUAAUCCUUCAUAUGUGCCACCACCCCCGCAGGAAAAAACUCACCAAUGUCCAGAAUGCGAGCGAGCAUUCAGGCAUAAGGGAAAUCUCAUUCGACACAUGGCUAUUCAUGAUCCGGAUUCAUCAGUGCAGGAGAAACAACAGGCCUUGAAAAUGGGCAGACAGAAAAAAAUUCAAAUUAUUGACGGUCAGAGAGUUGAAGUUUUGACUGGUGAUUUAACUUCUAAAAUUAAAGGUUACGAUGACGAUGAAGAAGAAGAUGAAGAGGAGGAGGAAGAAGAAGAAGAAGAAAUGAUGGCUGUCGAAGGUGCUGAUGGUCAACAGUACGUUGUUCUGGAAGUUAUUCAAUUGGCUGAUAAUCAAGGGACUGAGCAGAUGGCUGUUGUAGCGAAUGAAGAUGGUGAUUUAAUGAUGCAAGAUCCUCUAAGUUCAGAAGCGGGCAUGGUUUCAGUUUCUGGUGAUAACGAAGGCGAAGAAAUGGAAGAAAUUGUUGAAGAAUCGAUACCUUUACGAAAAAUGCCCAAUUCAAAGCAACAAAAUGAUUCAAAACUUCGUAAGGAGAUGGAAAAUUGCUUCGGUUUUGAUGAGGAAGAGGAAGAAGAAGAAGAAGAAGAAGAAGAAGAAGAAGAAGUUGACGGAGAUAGUGAAAUGCGGCUGCUCGAAACAAUUUCGUAA